AUGGAAGAAAAGAUACUUGGACUGGAAAAUAAUAAAACCUCAUCACUUUCCAUGGGCUAUGGAAGUGUGGAACCGCCUAAAAAUCCUCAACCACCGUUUAACAAAGACGACGAGCCUCAUCAAAAAACAGAUCCUGUGCCAAUCGGGAAGACGAAGAUUCUUAAAAAUGUUCUUGUUGUCAGUAUUGGAUUUAUGUUCCUAUUUACUUCAUUCCAGUCUCUAUCCAAUCUCCAAAGUACAUUAAACAAAGACGACGGACUCGGAACAGGUGGAUUGUCUGUUGUAUACGGCGCCCUUGUUGUAUCAUGUAUGCUAUUUCCAUCUUUUGUUAUCGCGCACCUUGGAUGCAAAUGGACUGUGGCACUAUCAAUGUGGUGUUAUAUUGUCUAUAUGGCAUUAAAUUUUUACGCCGUUUGGGAGACAAUUAUACCAGCUUCAAUAAUUGUUGGAUUAGGCGCAGCUACUUUAUGGUCGGCUAAGUGUUCGUAUCUUACACAGCUUGCAGUGUGGUAUGCUAGAUUGACAGGUGCAUCAAAAGAUGACGUCAUAAAUAGAUUUUUUGGUUUCUUCUUCAUGAUAUUUCAAACAAGUCAGAUUUGGGGAAAUUUGAUUUCUUCUACUGUAUUUGCUGUAACACCAGGAAAUACUACAGAAGACCUAGAUUCGUGUGGGGCAAAUUUUGAUCCAACUGCACCAGUAGCAAAUAAUUCAAAUUUAGAUCGACCGGAAGACGAAAAGGUGUACACACUAUGCGGUAUUUACGUCGGUUGUGCUGUGAUAGCGUUUUUUACUAUUGCUUUACUUUUGGACAAUAUCAAACUCGACAAAAAACAGCAGACUGGUGAUGCAAGGAUAUCAGUAAAAUUGUUUCUGUCGACAUUGAAUCAUUGGUGGCAGUCAACGCCACAGAAACUACUAACAUUCUUAACGAUAUAUAGUGGUAUCGAACAAGCUUUUAUAACAGGAGACUUUACAAAGUCCUACAUCAGUUGUGCAAUAGGAAUAUGGAACGUUGGUUACGUGAUGAUAUGCUAUGGUGUUGUGGAUGCUAUAUGUUCAUUUGCUUUUGGACGAUUGGUUCAGUAUGUGGGACAUGCACCGUUCUUCCUCUUAGCUUUUCUAUUGCACGGAGGAACACAAGUAGCUUUGUUUCUAUGGCAACCGGAAGCAGACAACCAGAUCCUGUUUUACGUAUUUGCUGCAUUAUGGGGAAUGGGUGAUGCAAUCAUACAAACACAGAUAAAUGCACUAUAUGGAUAUCUAUUUACUAACAACACAGAAGCAGCCUUCGCCAAUUACAGAUUAUGGGAAUCAAUCGGGUUCAUUUUGGCUUUUGCAUGGAGUGGAAUUUUGGUGACGAAAGUCAAACUUGGACUUUGUCUAGGUUUCCUGACUUUAGGAAUGUUCUUUUAUACAUUCGUAGAAAUCCAGGAUCGUCGCAAAAAUCGAAGAGGCUUUAGAAAGGACGAGGAUAAAAGUCCACUUUUUUAA